GUCUGCCUGAAGAGUUGCUGAGACCACAGUAGCUUGGGUCUGGAGAUAAAAAGUUGUCUGACAACUCACACACAGUCUUUUGUCAGCAAGGAGUCCGGACUGGUUUGCCCAAUGCUGCUGGUUGCCCUCCUCUCGCUGCUGGCGGGGUGCACGGCCCUGCGCUUCGUACCCGGGGCCUUCCUCAAGCUACCCGACUCCCAAGGGGCACAUCGGUUCAACGCGGGGACAGCGUCGGCGGCGGCGUACGAUGAACUCACCAAGAUCCUCUAUGUCGUCGGUACGCAGGCGGCAGUAAUGAACAUCAUUGACCUCAGUAACCCCGACAGUCCAACCAUCGUUCAGACAGUGCCGUUCACACAGGGCUUCCCUGCUGCUGUAGCUGUGUGUCACUCGUCACAACGCAGCUUCCUGGCUGUCGGCUUCCAGAGACUCGGCACCUCCUCCCGCGGCAAAGUCCGCAUCUACGGCGCCCUCGAUGACCCCAGCGACCCUCUGGUGUCAGCCUACGACCCCGUGCCAAUCAAUGGCUACGACCCGACGUCCAUGCAGUGGACAGACAACUGCUACCAGCUGGUGGUCGUCAGUCGCGGUCAGGUGCACAAGAUCAACGGAGCCUUCGACGACCCCCCGACUGAGAUCGAGAUUUUGUCCAUGAGCGUAGUUGUGGAGAGACGCGAGAUCCCCAUCUCCGACUCUGCUCUCAUCGCGGGAGGAGUGCGCCAGGUGUUCCAAAGAUGUACAGAAGGAAGCAACGCGCUGUCGACGAGGAAGCAGGACCUGGAGAUUCGUUCUGUCACCAUCAGUGAAGACAAUGUCGCUUACUUCGCUAUCGGGAAAAACAACGCCAUCGGGUGGCUGGACCUGGAAAGCGCCUACCCUGAAGUAAAAUUCCUGAGCUUGGGAACUAAGAAGUGGAAGGGACUGGGAAUUGAUGCUAGCUUCAAUGACUCAGGAAUCAACCCACAGCCGUAUCCUAUAGACACCUUCUACCAGCCAUUCGACUUGGUCACCUUCCAGUCGGGAGGGAAGACCUACAUCGCAACUGCGGACACUGGGGAGUUCACGAGGCUCACUCAAGUGGAAGAUGGCUGCGAGUUCAGUGAGGCAUCAACAGGCCAGGAGUGGAUCGCAGCAGAAGGUUUCAGCAGUGCAGUGCCCACUGCCGACAUCACGUUGCUGAGAGCAGCUCUGAGAGACACGUCUAGACUAGGCCAGAUGGAGUUUACACGCCUCAAAACUGCAGCUGACGGGUACAACGCUCUGGUGGAUGGCUACGACCGCAUCACUGGCUACGGAGGCCGCGGUCUGAGCAUCUUCACCAUCGAUCCCCACUCCACCGGCAUCAACAGCAAGGACUCGCACCACGUGCAGCGCGUGUACGACUCCGGCGACAUCUUUGAGCGCAUCUACACCGGCAACCUCGCCGACAGGUACAAGGCCGUCUUCAACUCGCAGAUGGGGUCAGCAAGUGCUUUGCAGAACAGCCGCUUCGACAUGGCAUCACCCGAAACGGGACCCGCUCCACGUGCCAUAGAGAUGGGCACCAUCAACAACCUCACGGUGCUGGCAGUGGCCAACGGUCAGGUGGGAGGAAUCUACUUCUUCACAGUGGAGAGCGAGGGCAACAACGUGCCGAUAGUUCGUUACGAGGGCUUUGUCCGGAGGGGCAACCCUGGUCUGUCCUGGAGCGAGGCCUACGGUCUGCCUGACGACUCUGUGGGCGAGCCGCUGACUAGCGACCUGCAGUGGCUGACCACAGACCAGGGCCCGUACCUCAUCGCACUCAGUGGCCAGGCUGGUGUCGUCAGCCUCUACAGCGUCCACGACCCUUAAUCUGCUUCCGAUGAAGGCAGGAAGGAUUAAACAGAACUGUCCACUUGUAAACAAUAUGUCUUUGGUUAUCAUAAAUUUUCAACUAAAUUCCAUUGAAAAGUCUGUUGUUUUAAA